AUUAUAACAUUAAGGUUACCUAGCUUAUUUGGUAGCUUGUUUAACAGCUUACUGGAACUCAUCUUUUACAGCUAGAGAUGCGCAGAUUGAUCACCUGGGGACUGAAUUGACCGUUUUCGCUUGCUCGGCCCCGACCAGUGACGUAGUGUCAAAUAUCCAAUUUUUUGCCUGUGACCUUGAACGUUAUAAACACGCUGCACGGCGCCACGUGUCACGUGUGCACAGACAGUAACCGCACGUCACAGCCACACACAAACACACACAGGAAGACGCAGCGCUAUCUAUUUACUUCUGCAGAGAAACACAGAAAGAGACGCUGUGGAUAUUUUAAAGCAGGGAGCAGGUAAAGCAACAGUGAACAGAGCUGUUGGUGACGAUGUCAUUCAUACCGCGGUGGUCUCUAUCGGUAAAUAACAACAAGCCUCCACCACACGCGGCUCAUCUGCUGCAGUGGAAACAGAAUCGCGGGUGAAAAACCAAACGCGUUCUUUUAAAAAUUACAAACGGCAGGUGAUGGAGGACAACAAGCCAUGGGCUCUGAUCUCAGAGGUGGGUGAACAAGGUUACCUUGAAGAAGUCACUGACAUAAUGAAACAGCACUUCAAAAUCAUCUGCCACAAAGAGUUCCUUCAAAACCCCCAGCUGCACGGGCCUAAAAUCCAGGCCAUGUUCGUGUGGAACGCCUGCCCUUCAGCCGAGCCUUCACUGCUCAGUUCGCUUCCCUCGCUAAAGGUGGUCGCCAACGGAGGAGUGGGCAUCGACCACCUGGAUGUGCCAUACAUCACCAGCCUCGGAGUGAAGGUGACCAACACGCCUGGUGUGGUGAGUGAUGCCACUGCAGAUUUGGCAAUGGGUCUGCUUCUGGCAUCGGCACGGAAGAUCGUUGAGGGUCACCAAAUAGCUGUGGACCCAAAGACCACCCAUAUACCAGAAAGCCUGAUGGGAAUUGAAGUCACAGGGUCAACUCUGGGGAUUAUUGGAAUGGGCCACAUUGGCUGCAGAAUUGCUCAAAGAGGCAAAGGAUUUGACAUGAAGAUCCUGUAUCACAACAGGACCAGGAGGAGUGUUGAAGAUGAGCAAGCAGUUGGGGCGAGGUUCUGCGAGAACAUGGAUGACCUGCUGAGGGACUCAGACUUUGUCAUGCUGGCGGUCAAUCUGAGCCCUGAAACCAAGGGCCUGAUCAGCCACAGAGAGCUGGCACUCAUGAAACCCACAGCAACACUGGUCAACAUCAGCAGAGGUCUGGUUGUGGACCAGGAUGCUUUAGUUGAAGCUCUGAAGUCUGGAACAAUUCGCGCAGCAGCUUUAGAUGUGACUCACCCAGAACCAUUACCAAGACAACAGAUGACAGUACACUUACAUCAGAGCCCCUGUCCCUGUCCCUGUCCCAGACCCAAACCCAGGCCAAUACCGCACAGCCCAGAUCUCCUGACUCCCCUGAUGAUCUGCCACUCUGCACACCCAGAAGACCUGCACGUUAUACUCCAAAGAGAAGUGCUGAGCCAGUUGUGUCUGAGUAUCAGCGCUGUGUCCUGAAUGCCCUGGAAAAUGAGCCCGAUGAUGAGGAGCAUUUUCUUUCAAGUUUAGCUGGGGCUUUGAGACGCCUUCCUCCCCGCAGCCAAUCAGAGGUUAAAGUAAAAUUUCAACAAAUAUUACAUGAAGCAGAAUUUGGCCAUCAAUAAAACACUCGCAUACCUUUUACAGACGACUUAAAUAAAUAAUGAUUUAAAAUAA